GCGGCGUGCGUCACACACGCAGCAGAGGGAGCAGUCGGCGAAGCUGCUUUCAAAGCCGGCGUCGAGGGAGCCGGCAGUCAACGAAUCGUGUAGCCGGUGAGCGGCGAGUGUGAGCAGUUGAGGGCUCGGUGCAGUUUUGUCUCGUUCCUGUGUCUGUAGCCGCCGGCGUCGCCACCAUGGCCGUCAACGAGGCUGAGAAGAUUCAGGUGAACGAAAUGGUGAACGACUUCAUGCGUUACCAGCUAAACCGGCGCGGUCUCCAGUGGAAUACGUGCCCGCCAUUGCCGCGACCUUCCAAAGUGGCUCUCGUACUGCGGACGCUGGGGGAUGAAUUCAUCACCAAAUACCGCGAGGAGUUCACUCAGAUGUGUGGCCGACUCGACAUGACUCCCUCCGUAGCCCAGACAGCGUACAUGGACGUCCUGAACGAGCUCUUCAGCGAAGGGAUUACGUGGGCACGCAUCGUGGGUGCCUUCGCAUUCAGUGUAGAGCUGUCGGCGCUCUGCGUCGAGAAGAACUGGUCGGAGCUGGUGGACAGCAUCGCAUCCUGGUUGUCUUCGUACGUCUGUACGAGGCUUCUUCCCUGGAUAAGGGACCACCAAGGAUGGGACGGCCUGGUCGUGUUCAGCGAGGAGCGCGACGACACCGGCGCUGCCGAGUCUCCCUGGCCAAUCUUCAAGAACGUGGUGUGCGGGGUGGCCGUCACGGCGCUCGGUGCCCUCACGCUCGGCGCCUUCCUCACGUCCAAGUCGUAGGUCGCCGCGCAGGCGCCGGACGAUAACCAGCGCCCGGCCCGCCCGCCGCGCUCCCCCGGUAUCUACGCGCCGCGGCUGGCCUGGACACACAAGCUCCACCAGUACACACGCUUCACGUGUACCUGCAGGACAAAAGACGACCAGCCGGCCGGAUUUUUCUACCACUGCGUCGUCCCUGACCGACGGCGUGAUCGCCGAGGAACUCGCCUUCUUCAACACUCGCCAAGCUGUAGCUGUCUCGAGGACACUCUUGGACUUGUCCCGUGCGUCUACCUAUGCCUCGACUCCGGGGUUCAUCUCGCGACUGUGGCGGUGGACGAAGAGUACAGCGGCAGCAGUGUGGUCAAGUGGCGAGUCUUCGGCGGUUCGGACUUUUCGCGUUCCUCGUCGCUGUCGUUGCGCCUCGUUUGUCGCGCAGCUUUUGUCACGGUGGGCCGGUGGCCGACUGUAUGUUGGUGUGGUGCUCGCGGAGACGGCGGUACGGACGUACGGACAAUGAUUAACUCGCUCCGUGGACGAGCGACUCCCUUCUACGAGAGUUCAAACGACGGCGCCGCUUCGUCGUCUCUUAUAUACAGCCCGCCCGCCAGCAGGACUUGCAGAACGAAAUGUGUGAUGGGUGCGGCGCAGCGGUGAAUUCGCCCGCGUGUAAAGCGAGCGCCUACUACAGUGCCGAUGUGUGUGUGUGUCGUUCACCCGAAAGAAAAAAAAAAAUUGUCGGUACGUUUUGCUACAUUUACUUGCGGACUCUCCGUAUAUGCCGAACGCAAUCACCUCCCGAGAUGAGCGUCGCUUACCUGUACGCGUCGCGCUCCGGUCGCGUUCUUUGUCAAUUUUAAAUACAGCAGUGCUAAUUGCGUCGAGUUGCGUGAAAAUGUUCUUGUUAAUUUUACCUGAAUGCUGUGAACUACUUGUGUGAACGUGUUCAGUGUGCGAGAGUCUUGCCUGUAGUUGACUGUUUAUGGUUUUCUUAUUUUCUACGUGCAGUUUCCUUUUUUUUUUUCCCUUUUUGUUCUAAUGCUCUUAUUUGCGCCGGCGGAAUCCAUAUACUGUCAGCAACGCCAGCUAGUCCGACGCUGCCCUUUGAGUAAAAGUGAUUACAGCCGUUGACAAAAAAAAAAAAAAAAGUAACUUUUUGGGCACAUCUUUUAUACGGGGGGGGUCUCUAUUCGCUUAGAAAGCGGAACACAACAGUGCAGCCAGAAGACUUUAAGCAUCCUUUUAUGCGCGCACGUCCUUAAUGUCCAUUUUUUAUAUUCUUAAUGUCGCUUUACAGCGUCAGUGUUACGUCAAUCUUGUCGAUUCAUCAAGCACUGCCAAAAUAUACAGCCGAUUCCCCAAGGAGCGUGCGUUUCAGGACAGUACAGCGUAGGUGUUUUCACCAACAUGCGAAAGUAUUUAAUCCAGUCAAGGUGUUGCAGCCGAACGAUGCGUGGUAUUCAAUGUGUAGAACUGUCUGUGCGCAAUACGUUUGCCCUAGUUCACGGCAUGCGUUGUAGGUGUGUACUCGAUCAGCUGUAAAAGCGUCACGUGUUGAAUUUUUCAACUGGAAAUCAUGGGAAAUGAAUAGGUUAGGCGUGGUUUAAUCAGCCUCUCGCCGUUGCUGGCUAUCGGCUUUGCGUGGAAGGGCACUGGGUGUGCGAGGGGUAACGGGUCUUAACUGCCUUUUCUGCACGAAACCACGCACUUGCAACUUUUAUCGCACGAAUUAUUCGCGUUCCUAAAGCCACGUCUUGAAAGAGUUUCUAUCACUGCUUCCUUCUAGCUAUAGUUCCAACGUUCUACGCGAAGUGUUCUCGUAACGCCCCUAUAGGCAUGAGAGCUGUAGACGAUGUUUAGUUAUAACACAGUCCGGUACGACGAAGGUAGCUCUAUUUCAAUGCUUAAAGCUUUGCUUCAAAUUUUAGCAAUAUCUUCUCAGGUGUCUUCUGUUUUUCGCGGUGUUUUUUCAGGACGAUGUUGCGGUGAAUAUAGCGAAAACGGUGCCAGCACGCGAAGGUCUCGCAAAAUCUCGUAGGAACAGCCAUACGCCACCAAGUAGUUGCAUGUCUGACGCUUUCCUAAUAUGAAUAUUAACUACUUCCGCGGCCGUUUCAGCCCUCCAUGGCUGCGCAGUUCAUGCCGACGGCGCUCGGGGCGUGUUUCUGUUCGGUGUUGCAGUCCUUCGUUAUUAUUUCGUGUACUCGUGACUACGAACGUCCUGAAGCGGUGAUGGAAGAACAAAUUGCGGUCCCUUUUUCUCUUUUUUGUUAUAUAUUUUUUUUUCUUUUUAAGUACUGUCUACCACUUCGAUAAUGCACGAAAGGUAUCUGAUUGCAAACGAGUGUGAGCCGUUACAGAGUAUUAUCUCGCGUUUUUCGUUGGAAGGCCCCCGACUCCCAGGAGUCCUACAUCCCUGCAGUGAAGCGUCAAGUGUUCAAACGUUGACUCCUCUGUGCACGCUCCUGUGAGUCGCCCUCUCGCGGCGAUGCGCAGCACUAUUGCUGUGACCGUGUGAUACAUGAACCUGCUUUGUUUUUUUUUUUCAUAUAUGUAAAUGGUGUAAACGUUACCUACAUUUGCACGAGCUAGGAGUAUUUCACACACGCGCAGGCCCGGUUCGUGCCGUUUUCUCCGGCAGCUUUCUUGUUUUCUAAUCGACAUGUCCAUUGCAGUCGGGUCGAGUAUUCUCCUGGGUCGAGGGCCUUCGUUUUACCUUAGGUUUAUCACAUGUGCAGUGGUAUGCGAUGUUGUAAGUACGCUACGAUUGCGCCGCCGUAUUUAUAAUUUAUCUAAUUCGCGCCGGUUGUGCGUGUCAUCCCCUGUCAACUUUAUAGGAGUAUCUUAUAACGAAUGUUUCUUUAUGGCGAGAGUGAAUGCAGUACCGGACAAAACGAAUGGCGCAAAAUAGCAUCGUUCGGCUUGGUCUGUCUGUGUGCUGUGUGCAAAGUUUUUUUUUUUUCUUCUUUUUCCUGUGCCCAAUUCUCCUAUCGUCAGUCGUGCGGUGCUUCUAGGGAGCCGCGCUUUUGUUCUAAUGGCGGAGCAAGCCGCACAAGUCCCCCUCCUCUCCCCCUACCCCAUCGUAAAGGCGUUUUUGCCUUAAGAAUCUGCACUAAUUGAUGCUUGUGUACGCGAGCAAGUAUCGCUUGUCGAACGCGCGUGUUCUUUUGUAUUCGGCGGCAAGCUUUUAUACAGAGUUACUUUGAAUAUCCGCUCAUCCUGUUCGGUUUUCGUGUUUAUUUAGUGUGACCCGACUUCUUCCCUGUGGUGAUGAAUGUGUUCCUGUGUUCAAACAGCAACAGUUCUGAUUGUUCGCGUUCGUUUACUUGUCGUACUGUACUGUACAUAUCUUGUGCUUUUCUUUUUUUGGAACCUGAAGAGGAUAAAAUUAUUGAGGUACUAAAUAAAAAGCACGUUAUGCUGUA